CGCUGGCCGCGCAGUCCCGUUCCGCACCGCGCUCGGCUGCCGCAGGGUCGGGAGGCCGCAGCGGAGUCUGGCUCCGCUCUCCGCGGGGCGGGCUAAUUAAGAACAACCUGUUGGCACAGCUGGAGGAAUUUGGCAGGAUGAGGCCUGUCAUUGUGGUACACGGUGGAGCUGGCCGGAUCUUCAAAGAACGAGAAGAGGGAUGCCGUGCUGGUGUCGUCAGAGCAGCGCUGCAGGGUUAUGGUGUCCUGAAACAAGGAGGCAGCGCCUUAGAUGCAGUUGAGGAGGCGGUACGGUCAAUGGAAGAUGACCCUCAUUUUAAUGCAGGCUGUGGUUCUGUUCUUAAUGAAGAAGGUGAAGUAGAAAUGGAUGCAAUUAUCAUGGAUGGAAAAAAUCUGGCCUCUGGAGCAGUAUCAGCAGUUAAACGUAUAGCAAACCCAAUAAAGCUAGCUCGACUUGUCAUGGAAAAGACAAAGCACAUGCUGUUAACUGACCAUGGUGCCCGGCUCUUUGCUCAAGCUAUGGGUGUUCCUGAGAUUCCAGGGGAGAAACUCAUAACUGAGAGGUCUCGGGAGAGAUGGAAGAAGAACCUUGAGCCAGAUUCCAACCCUGUGGAGUUCCAGAAAGACCUGGGAACAGUUGGUGCUGUUGCUGUAGACAGUGAAGGAAAUGUAGCUUGUGCAACAUCCACUGGAGGACUCUCUAAUAAAUUGGUUGGCCGUGUUGGUGACACAGCAUGCAUAGGAAGCGGAGGUUAUGCUGAUAACUCUUCUGGUGCCACUUCAACCACAGGGCAUGGAGAGAGCAUUAUGAAAGUAGUCUUAGCCCGACUGAUCCUCUAUCACAUGGAGCAAGGAAUGUCACCGGAGAUGGCUGCUGACACUGCAUUAGAAUACAUGAAGACUCGAGUUGGGGGCUUGGGAGGUGUCAUUGUUGUUAGCAGUUCAGGAGAGUGGGCAGCAAGGUUCUCCACCAAGCAGAUGUCCUGGGCUACUGUAAAGGAUGACGAACUACAUUAUGGGAUUUACACUGGGGAGAGGCAUACAAAAUCUGUUGAUGAAGCACUUGCAUCUGAAAGUGAGGGAUUCUGAGAUUGAAGAACCAUUGACUAUGGUUGAAUCAAGAUCUCCAUUCUUUUUUGGAGGACAGUAACAAUUGAUUUAAUCUUUCUCAAGAGAUCUGUACUUUAUUGAUUGAUUCACCGACAUUGCUACUCUUUGACCCAAAAUUAAACCUGGACAUCAUGAUCAUGGAUAUAUGUAUAGUGCUUACUGAUGCUUUUGGAUGGUCAGAUCUUCCAGGAGAAUGUACAGUUUGAGGGCUGUAGGUUUAUGUGUUUGCAUUCUUUAAUCCUACAUUAAAGGGAGCCUAAAUUUCAGGAAUAGAAAAGCUCCUUGUCAUGCCUGUUCUUCAGAUGCCACUUCCAGGACGAUUAAAGAGAUAAAUUUUUACUAUCUAAAAACUGAAUUCUGAAAAUCACAUAGCUCUCCAAUGUAUCUUGAGCAGUCAUACCUUGAUAGCAAAGUUCUUAUUUCAGUGAAAAAUCAUUAAACAGUAGUAAAAAGUUAAGACUAAUUUAUCAUCACAGGCAAUAGGGUGUAUUGUUUGCUGUUUCCUGACUUAACUAGAUUUUUUUUUUAAACUGUGUUAUAGUUUAAUGGAUUUUAGCAGAUGCUAUGUCAUGGGUUUCCUUUGGGGCCAGAUAUGUAUGUAUUGCAUGCCAUCAUACAGAGGAAUGUUCUUAUAAGAUAACCCAAAUAAACAUAGCAAAAAUCUU